CAAAGGAUCUCAGAGAAACAAUCCAUUUUUUACAUUUGUAUUUUGCAUAGAGGCCACAGCCAGGAGGGCACUUCCUUAUGGUUUUACCAAGCUAGAGGGCACUUUGGGGCACCCCCCACCCUUGCUCCACCUGCACACGCCACUGAGAUACUUCUUCCUACAAGUCCUUCAAUCUACACUUUUCAAAAAGCUCGUCAUCGCAGAUCAAAGCUGCUUUGACAUUUGUCUGUUUAAACACACAACAGUUCAAACAGUUAGGCUCCAGAGUUUAUUAAGAAGUAGCUAAACUUAUAAACGCUUUUUUAAAUGUCGGUUGUUAACUGUGGUGUGAACAGAACAGAGGACAAACAGAGUUUAUUUUGAAGGUUGGGGCGAACACCGGUAGUGAGUCCCCGGGAAACGUUUCAGGUAUCGACGGUUGUGUCGUCCUGUCCGGCUUCAGUAUCGGUAUCAUCUAUGUGCUCGUCACUCGGUUAGCUGGGAGUGGGAACCGGACUUUUUCUGUCCAUCGCGGAAGAUAAAACACGCCGGAGUGUUGCCAGGUUGUCAGCGGAAUUCUGGCGCUGAGGAACUUCUGCGUGGCGAGUUAAAUUUGAUGCUAACAAAGAAGCUAGCUGCGGUCUGUCUGUCGGACGGGCAGAGGAAGAACAAUUGCUAACGUCACCUAAGGUGUGAAGACCAGUGGAGCGUGUUUGUAUGUGAAGUUAUUUUUAGUUCGCAGGUGUUGAAAGCUCGUCAGUUCUAACCUGCUCACUCUUAAAUGUUGCAUUACUGACAGCUUCAUGUGCUGCCAGGUCAAACCAACGACAUGUAGACUAUACAGUUGACUGUUAAGUCAUUGAGGCCGUUAGUGAGUUAUGUGAGUGGGGGUCAGCCCUUCAGCUGAACUGCUCAAACACGCCCACAGGUGUGUUCGUGGCCCGUGGACGUCAUUUUCCGUGGCUCCAAUCCAUUUGAACAAGUAUUACAACUUCACAACUGCACCAGCAGCACAUGCAUGCUUUUCCUGUUCGCUCACAGAGCUGUGCUGCCAAGUGUGAAUAGAGAAUCUUCAGGUUUUUUUUACAGCCCCCAACAAGUGAGAAAAGCAUGACAGCUGUGGUAGGGAGAGCACUGGGCUGGGUGUGUUCAUGGGGGAGAAGUUCUCGGUCAAAGAAAAUUGAAGGGUUUGAAACUGAGGGCCACAAGCAAAGCUACAGCAGUCAAACCACCAGGGGGUGGACCUCUUGGCUAUGGGGAGGGUGGAGACGCCAGAAUGUCCAAAGUGGUCCGGAUGAGCAGUACUGGGAGGCCCAGGAGAGAGUUCAGCCCCUGGAAGUUGAAGAGCUCUUUGCAGGGAAGCAAGACAGCGUGGCACAUUCGGAACACGUUUCCAGAUGGUGGAAUAAAUAUCUCCCCACUGCUUACUUUUUCUGGCCUAGACAAACAGAUCCAAGCACACUAAGACAAAGGAAACACGAAGGCCUGAGUAGAGGUGCAUGGGAUGAUGUUGACGGGGACUUCAGAACACCACCUCCAUCUCCUGUCCCUCCUUCCUCUCCCCUGACAUCUCCUUUUCGACUCUUUGCGGACAGCUGGAAUGUGGAAAUCAUACCAGAGCACUAUGAGGUCUGCUUUAACUUCCUCCGCCAUUUGUUUGACCUGUUUGUUGUUGGCUUCCUGUGGACGGUGUCCCCUCCUACCAAGCUGAUCCUGGAGGUGUUAGGGGUCCAGGGAGCACUGCGGCUGUGGUUUCAUGGCAUGGCCAUGUUUUUUGUCUCCACGGUUGGGAUGGCAGGAUUACUGUGGGUGAUCCAGGAGUAUCUCCCUCAGUUUGCGCUCAUCUAUGGCAUCAUACAGGCAGUGGUGAUCUCUGUCAGCGUGCGACAGAGUGUACUGAUGGAUGUGGAAGAAGAAAAGGUUGAAACAGACGAGGGAAAGGAGACCGAUGAAAUGAUUGAUAGCUUGGCGCUAAAAGAAACAUUUUGCUAUGGACAAGGUGAAGACAAGUUAAACUGAUGAUGCUGACAAGUUCACUGUCUGAUGAGCCGCACCAGAGCUCGUCCAGGUGUUUGUCGUCACAGCAGUGUGACCACACAGAGACUGACUUGACAUUAUUGUAUUGCACAUUGACUACAAACUCACAGAAGUUGUACUUAUGUCACUUUAUGUUCACCUCAAUUAUCUGCAAAGUUUGUCUAUAUGUGAUCAAUGUGUCACAUCCACAUGGACAAUUACAGCUAUACACAGUUUAGCAUUAGAGCGUAUACUGCUGUGAUAAUCAUAGUUAGACCUAAUGAGGUUGAUGAAUGUUGAAUGAAACAUUUGUUAAUCUUUAAAAAAAAAAGACAAUAAUCCACAGUAUUAGGGGAAAAACUGCUUUUUAUCAUGUUUGCGUAUAACUGCGCUGACCGUUGCUUACCUGGUUUUGAAUAUGUGAUGCAUUCUGAGUGAAAAGAAUGAUCACAGCCUGUGUUUAGCAUCAUAACCAGGAGAGAAAAGCAAACCCUUACAAGUUUGUAAGGCAAGAAAUGUUCCCGUUCUCUUAAACCUUUAAUAUACCAUUGCGACACAAGUCACAAAACGAAUAACAAGCACAGAUUAAGACUUAAAAUACAACGUUCCUGCCUUUUCUCUAACACCGCACAUUUUUAAGGGGUGUGUUUGAUACAUGAAUCAGCUUAAUUUGUAGUGCAGUUAUUUAAUGCAUCUUUAAGUAAAUAACCGCAAUGAUGGAAAUGACUGUUGUACACUCCAGCAAACAAGGGAAGUGCUCCCACUUAGACUGAGAUCUGAUAGUUUCUUUGUUUAAACUCCCAUGUUCACUUCCUGUGGCCUAAACCGAAGUUAAUCUGAAGUUUCCAUUAUAUCUAGUUCUGAAGCUUUAAGAUUUUGUGUUCAGCCACCACCUUUUGUUCUUUAAAGGUACAGUUACAUUCUCACCUGCCCUGCAAAUAUUCCUCGCAGCUUUUAGUUAAACGUGACGCGCGUAUAUCGGACUCAUUUAAGCAUGUACCUUUCGCUUUGCUUCCCGCUGUGCUUUUCUUAAAUCUCGACCUGUGAACUGCUGCAGUUGCCGACGCCAGGAACUCUUGACACUAAUUCUCACAUUGUGUCAUCACAUAGUUAUGCGCAUAUGUGGACUGCCUCUGAUAAUCGUGCUACUUGGUAUUUAUGGAGGAACUGCAUCCAACCUGUGACAACACGUUCCUCUCCUUGUCUGUUUUUUGUUUUUGUUCUUUAGUUGUUAAACGGAGGCGCUGAUGUGAACAGAUCUUGGCGCGAACAAAUUCAAAUCUGGAAUUGGCAUCUAAAACACCUUUUUAUCUUGUUUCUCUGAAACCCUUUUCACGUCCUGAUAGCCAUUGGUAAAUAACGCUGUCGUUGAGACCUUUGCAGUGGCUGCUUGUGUAUCUGUUGCUAGGUGACUCCGAUGUGACGAUGUAGUCACUGUUAACAAGGCCGCCUGUUGCUUCCUUUUCAGUGCAAACUUUUCCAGGCUCCAACUUUGCCACAUAAAAAAAGACUUGCCUUGUACAAUCAACACCUGCUUUGGUCUAUGAUAUCUCAAGACUAUGUUUAUCUCACCAAGCCUUUUCCGACUGGAAACUUAAGUCUGUAAUCUGGUCACUCUCCAUGGAGAGAAUUUUUAGCGCACAGGAACACAGGAGCUGCCAAUCUGCUUCUGAUGCAGAAUCAACAACUCUGAGGUGCCGUGAUUGUAAGAUUGCUGAUUUUCUCAAUGUACUUUGGUGUAGGGAGAGUGAAAGUGUUCCAAACUUGUGAGAAAAUGUUGUCUUAACUACAAGAAAAAGCGUUAAACAUGUUCUUAAGGUGUCCUAGACUCUAGCUGGGAAAAGACAGCAAAACAUCUGAAGUCUGUUGUGGCAACAAAACUGAAAUAACAACUCGGUUUAUUGAUGCUAUCUGGACAUGAAGAGGAUUUUUAACAAAUGAGAACAAAGCGUUUGUAGAAACAAAUGACAUACUCGGUCGAGCAUUAAGAGAUGAGAAGAGAAAGCUGCAACCACCACUACUGAGCUGCAGAUUCACACAUCUGUCGCACACGGCGAUACUAAAGUUAAGCCAUAAAAUCUCCUUUAACGCAGCGUUAAAACCUCACAUUUUGAGCGUUCGGAAUAAAAUGUGUGCCUUUUGGAAUGGAACGACUAAAAGGGAUUGAACAGUUCACUGGAGGAAGAAAGUGUCGGCAGCGCUCGGCUGUGUUCGUUCAUUUCACAGGACUAAAAGUGACACUACCAUGUGACCUGUGGAGAAAGACAAAAAAGCACAUGAUCACAUCACACUAAAGUUCCUCUAAACACGUAACGUCUCCCACACAUGACACUUAUUAUUGUCGUAGGAGCGACGACACUAACCCGUGUAGAGAUUUUAAUGUAUUAACAUGCAAUACCAGCAGCACAUGUUCCAUGUGUUCAUUUCUAUUAAACACUUGUAUGAAUUAGCCUUCUGUGCAAUGUUGUUUGCUUGAAACAUUACCGGUAAUGUAGGCCACCCUUUUCUACAUUAGUACGCAACCUUUUAAUGAUUUUAUUUUUUUCAUGCUUUAAACUUAAAAGAUUGAGAGACCAGCAAUUAAAUUAAAGUGUUUUUACUGCAAAGUGAUGUUUUCUACUCAGUGCUCCCUCUGUAUGAAACUUAUUUGACUUGUACGAUUGUUUUAGUGUGUGUGUAUAUAUAUGUGUAUAUAUAUGUAUAUAUAUAUAUAUAAUAUAUUAUUAAUAAAUAUAUAUAUAUAUAUAUAUAUAUAUAUACCUCUAGCAUAACAGUCUGUGGCUGACAAUAUUGAAAUAGUUGAUUUGGGUUUAUGAUGUGACAAAAUGAGGACAGCGCAACAGUGGCUAAAUUGAAAGUUAAAGGUGCGAUGUGGUUAAAUGUUGCAGCUGAAUAUCCCUCAUCUCACCGCUUCCCUUCCAAGUGUAUCAGAAUCAGUUAGCAUCAAAACUCACAAGAUGUUUUAAAAACAUUGUGGCCUCUGUUGCAGCUCCUGAUAAAUAUAAAAAGCUCAUUCUGGGGUACGUUGUGAAUAAUGAUCCGGAAUUUUCAAAUUGACUUUUUGUUUUCAUUUUGAGCUAAAACAAAGGCUGGAUGAACUUGUCUUUGAUAAUUUACUCAGUUUAACAAUCACUUCCUCUAUCGUAUGUAAAUUUAAUAAACAUUGUCACUAUGAUAAAACAUCAGUGUUUACAAUAUGAAGAUGGUCAUAAAUGGUACUAAAGGAAAUAAUAAGUGGUUAAAUUGAGAUUUAACAGAUCUAACCGGGUGUUCAGUUCCGAGUACAGUGAAACAUGGAAAAUUAAAACAUGAACAAUUAUGAGGUUUUGAUAUUGUCAGCCACAGACUUUGAUAGAAUGUUUAAGGACCUCAAGCGUUGUUUCUUUAUAUAGCACCUAACCUCUGUUUCUUGUCUUGUAAAAGGUGACAGUGUCCUCAGCUCUUUUGUUGCCUUUAUAUUCCUCUUUUGUUUGCUUUUUCCCAGAGCUUAUAUUGAAGUGAUAUUAAUCCCUUGCAAGUCAAAGGUAUUUUUCUAUGAGUAAUCAGCACAACUGCUGUAUCAAGUGCUGGAUCACUGUUGCUGAAAUGAACCGUGUCCUGCUUCUGUUGCUAAGGAGAAGCGAGCGUGUGUUUGUGUUAUUUGAACUGGGACUCAGCUGUGACCCCCUGCCCACUUUGAACCAUCACUACACUGAGAGUAAUUUCUCCCACUGGCUAAAUAAAACCGAUAAAACGUUCA